AUGGCCACCAAGCCGGCCGAGAAGGCUGUGCGGCCAAGACUGAACACCACCAUGGACUGGGCCUCGCUGAGAGCCGCCGCGGGCUACUCGUCCGGGCCGGAAGAAGGGGUCUCAACGAGUUCUGCUGGAAAAUCCGGAAGGGAAGGUCAAAAGGAGGGCCAUGGGCGCGGAGGUCUUGAGGAUGGGCGGCCACAGCAGCGGCGUCACGGUUCUGAGAGUCUGGCCAUGGAGUCGUCCAUCUCGAACCUUCGCAAUAGUCUUGGCGAUUUGUCGCCUAGCGUGGUGAAGGAGUUGAAGAAGAUGAUCAAGGAAGAAGUUGCCCAAGUCGCUCAAGUCGUCCAGCUGAAGAACAGCGAGACCGACACGCCCGCCAACCGGCCACGUCCCUCUCCGGUGUCGAGCCAGAAAGCGUUCUCCACGCCGUCGUGCCCCACUCCGUCGCCAUGCGUCGUCGAAGCACGCAGUUCCUCCAAAGUGUCUUUGCCUCGGGAUCGAAGUCCAGUAACCACACAUGCGAAGACAGCAUCAACUAUCCCUGUACCGGUAGGUCAGUCCACUCCGCCCGUCAGCCCCCGACCUAAGACUGUUCACUUCCAGUCUGGGGGCCCGUCGGUGAUUCACUACGAACCCUGCACCGGCUCGAGAUCGGAAUCUGUCUCGCCUACCGCUCCUGCCACCGUGGCGCAGGCCGAGCUAAGCAGUGUCGACAAGGCCUGGGGAAUGCUGUUUGACUCCGAAGGGUAUUCAACGCAACGUCUCAACUCUGUGCUCAGGGGUCUAGCGAACUCGAUGAUUGCUGAGUUUGGAUACCCAGAGACACUGGUCGUCACCCCCAACAAGAUGCUCGCUCUGUACACAAGGUACAGAAUCGAGCCUGAGAAGUUUCCAUAUGAAGACAUCUUCAAGGAGCGAUCCGAAGACGCACUGAAGCGGAUCGAAUUCCUGUACCAGGACCUGGGCUGCCCGUACCACCUCGUCCAAGCCGCGCCCAGAUCUCACCCCAGUGUGCCCGGACUGACGCCCGCCGGCUUCGCAAAGUGGAUGGUCAGCAACAUACUCGCGUACCCCGAAUCUGAAGCCAGGCGCCUGCACGCCAUCGUGUCUGCCCUGCCCGUCGACGCCGACGGGCCCCUGUUAGAAGGCAAGCCCGAGAGGCUGCCCCGCCAGCUCUCUCGGCACCUCCUCCCGGGGACCCACGACAACAAGGUCCGCAAGAUCCUCAACGAGGCCGUGUGGGACUGCCUGGAGGACGCCGCGCCAUCUCUCCCGCCGACCUCGCGCGCGGCGAGGGUCUCUGAGGCAGACGCACACAGCACUAGACGGCCGUCCACCGGCGCCGACGACCCGAAACAUCCCGCGCCCGUGCCUCACCGCAAGACGUACGACCGCGGGGAUGAAGGCCCUCAUCGACACGAACCACACCCCGCACGGCUCUCCCGCCACAACUCGGACACGGGCGCUUCGCUGCCUAGACACCGCAACCUCUCACCCCCACCGGCUAGACGGCUCUCGGCCGUCCACCAGACACAGCGCAGCCCGGCCCCGGCAAACCGGUACAGCGCCUCACUGCCGGCCAUCCCGCAACAUCACGUCGCGCCCCCGUCGCCGCUGUCCCAGCGCCCUUCCGCGUACGAUGAGCGGGGCAGCGACGCCGACUACGGGGUGUACUCUGGCCAUCGCGAUGGACGUGGCUCGGAUUCGAGGGACGAGUCGCCGCGGUCCCCCGGUAUUGGUAGGCGCAGCGGUACCGGCGCGGGUUCGGGUCGGCGCCCGACGUGGGAGGAGGUACAUGUCCGCAAAGGGUCCUCGGGCGGGAUAGUCUCGUCUGUUGACGCGGGGCCGCACCGUUCAUCUCGUUGA